AUGGGUAAUUUAUCAUUUAGACAAAAAAACAGCAGGAAAGAUAUGACGAUCGCUAAAACAUCGUCAUGUGGCCUUACCGAAUACUGGAACCAAAAGAGACAAGAUUUUAACGAUAUCUACUUUAAUAAUAAUAAUUGCCCACCAGCUGAAGCGUCGGACUUUCGUGUGACAACCAUUUUGGAUGAAGGAUCUUUUGGAUCUGUUGCAUUAACCACUCACAAUAUAACCGGUACUGUUCAUGCUACAAAAGUAAUUGCCAAAAAGAAAAUCGUUAAAGGUCAUAAUGUGCAGCGAAUGCUUAAUGAGAAACGGAUUUUGGAAUCAAUAAAUUUUCCGUUUGUAAUUCGUCUCGAGUAUUUCUACCAAGAUCACAGUUUCAUUUAUUUUGUCAUGCCAUUCGUUUGCGGCGGUAACAUUCACACGCACAUGAAACGAUACGGACCUAUGGACGAGUACAAAGCGCGGUUUUACUUCUCGGAAGUUCUGCUGGCCGUUGAAUACCUACACAAGUUGAACUUGGUGCAUCGGGAUAUCAAGCCCGAAAAUAUACUAAUCGACGUCAACGGACAUGCUCAACUCGCAGACUUCGGGUUUUGCAAACACAUAAAGGGUCGUACAUUCACGUUUUGUGGCACUGCUGAAUACUUGGCGCCAGAAAUUAUACUCAGACGAGGAUAUGGAAAAGCGGUUGACUAUUGGUCACUCGGAGUUCUUCUAUACGAGAUGUUGGCCAACCGUUCGCCGUUCGUCGAUCGCGACACUGGGAAGCUGUUCAGUAACAUCGUGACUGGGGAGUACAGCUGUCCGUUGGGCUUCUCGGGCGAUGUUAUCAACCUGUUGCGGAACAUGCUCAAGGUGGACGUGACCAGGCGGUACGGGAAUCUGGCGAACGGCAUCCGGGACAUCAAGAAGCACAGGUGGUUCGGUGACAUGGACUGGUGUGAGGCGUUCGGUAGGCGCGUGACGCCACCGUACGUGCCGGUAAUCAGUGAUACCGUCGACACUAGCAACUUCGAGGCGCAACACGGCAAGCUGUUCUACGGUGCAAGCAAAGACAUGUUCGGUGACAUUUUCAAGGAUUUUUGA